AUGGCACACUUUUACCACGUGACUACGCAGCGUCCUACUGCUGUGGUGAAAACGUGUACAGGUCACUUCACCAGUCCAAAUGAUUUAAACUUGCUCAUAUGUAAGAAUACUUAUGUCGAAGUUUUCGAGGUUACAUGUGAGGGCUUAAAGUUAAUACGUGAUGUGCCCAUUAACGCUAAAAUAAUUGCCGCCAGUUUGUUUAGACGAAAGGAUCGGGAAACAGAUUCGUUAUUUUUACUUACUCACAAGGCGGGCGUGGCCAUCAUUGAAUGUGUUCGGAGUAAUGACUCGAUCGAAUUUGUAACUGUAGCUUCAGGAAGUGUAGAAGAUCGAAGUGCACGAAUAAUUGACCAGGGAUUCGAUGUUUUGAUCGACCCAGGUGCCAACUACAUUGUUGUAAGGCUGUACCAUGGCCUGUUAAAAAUCAUAUUGCUUCACUGUAUUGGGGACAAAAUCGGUACUGACUUUUUGGAUACAAAUCAAUGGACUGUAAAUACUUACAGCGUGAGGAUUGAGGAGGGUAACAUUGUUGACAUGGCCUUUAUAUACGGCUAUAGCCUACCGACUUUUGCCAUGAUAUAUGAAGAUGAACUUGUAUUGCAUAUGAAAACGUAUGAAAUUUACGGACGAGAACCUGCGCUCCGCAAUGUUCAACUGACGCUGGAUUCUAUCGAACCGGAUUCAAAACUUCUUAUUCCAGUUCCAAAACCUUAUGGGGGCGUUAUUUUAGUUGGUGAUAAUAUUAUUUGCUACCAUACUAAAGAUGGACCCCAUAUAUCCCAAUACAUACCACAAGCAAAAGCAAGUCAAGUUCUGUGUUACGCUGCUGUUGAUGCUCAGCGUUAUUUAUUGGGUGACAUGGCUGGACGCUUAUACAUGGUACAUUUGCUCUCUGAAGACAGUUCGACGACGACAAACAUUGGUACUCUGAGUUUAGGUAAUACUGAAAGUCUUUCUACCGGUCGAAUUGGGUCUAUUCGAAUUGAACUACUUGGGGAGACUGCAACACCUGAAUCGAUAGCCUAUUUAGAUAACGGAGUGGUUUUUGUCGGUUCAACACUUGGUGAUUCACAAUUAAUUCGUCUCAAUCCUGAUCCAGAUCCUGAACGAAAUAGUUAUAUAACUAUUUUAGAAACUUAUACAAAUAUUGGACCAAUAGUUGACAUGGUCCUGUUAGAAACAAAAGGUCAAAAUCAGCUGAUUACAUGUUCAGGAGCUUAUAAAGAAGGCAGUUUACGUGUAAUACGUAAUGGAAUUGGCAUUCAUGAACAUGCAACGAUUGAUCAAGAUUUGAUUAAAGGAGCAUGGUGUUUCUCUAUUGAAUCCGAUCGUUUCGACGAUACAAUUGUUGUAUCCAUGGUUGGUCAAACUCAACUUCUGCGUCUUGCCGAUGAUGAUAUCACAGCCUUACAUCUAGAAGGUUUUAAAACUGAUGAACAAACUGUAUAUUGUGCUACACUAUCACCUGUGGAUGACUUAUCUAAAUCAGAGAGUAUGAUAAUUUUAGAGAACAAGGAUUCCACUACUGCUUGUGAUCCUUUACUUUUACAAGCUACAACAAGUGGUCUACGAUUGAUUGGUAUUCAAUCAUUUUGUGGUAAAGGUUGUCUAACAGAAUGGCGACCACCAACUGGACGUGGAAUCUCUUGUCUUAGCUCUUUUCAUCAUACAAUUGUUGUAGCAAGUGGAACCGAGUUGUAUGUCCUUAAAGUGAUUGGAGAAGCAAAUAAUCCGAAAUUUGAACAUGUUUCACAUAGACAAAUGGCUCAUGAAGUGGCUUGUGUUGAUCUAACCCCCUUUGAUCAUGGUCGUGCUAUAGCUGCAAUUAAUGCAGGUUCAUCAAAUCAUAUGGAAACAACUCCAUUAUCUACUCCAAAUGAAGCUGUACCACAUUUAGUUGCUGUUGGUUUAUGGUUAGGUCAUGGUCUUGCUUUACUGAAACUUCCUAACUUGGAACUUGUUCAUGAAGAACCACUGCCGGAGACAACUGCAUCAACUGGCACUGCUUUACUGCCUCGUUCUGUACUCAUUGCUCAGUUAGAGGAUAUGGCUUAUUUAUUCGCUGCAAUGGGUGAUGGCACGCUUUACUUUUAUACUAUUGAUCCUUCUGCAGAUCACAUUUGCUUACGUGAUACAAAACGUGUCAGUGCUGGAACUGGUCCAUCAAUGUUUCUUAGACAAUGGCGAUCUCAACGUAAAGUUAAUGUGUUUGUUUGUUCAAAUCAUCCAUGUGUGAUAUAUUCAAUUAAGAAUAAAUUGAUUUUUGCCAACUUAAAUCUUAAAGAAGUGAAUUUUAUGACUCCAUUGAAUGGAGUAUUUUACAAUGAUUGCAUUGCACUGGUUACUCCAUCUGCCCUCAUCAUUGGUUCUGUAGAUGAAAUUCAAAAAUUGCAUGUUAGAACUCUUCCUUUAGAGGAGACACCAAAACGUCUUGCACUACAAUCAGAAACUAGCAGUUUAGGCGUUAUCACCUACCGUCAAGAAAUAUUUCAAGAGGGUAUGGGCUUUAAACCUGUUCGACCAUCAAUUUCUUUAUCACAGAAAAUCCCAAAAUCGGCUAGUGGACUUCCGAAAACUGCACCGUCUUCAGUUUCUGCGACUGAACGAAAGUUCCGUGAAAUUGAAGUAUCUUCCCUUCUCAUAUUCAAUCAAUCCAAUCUAGAGAUUCAAUUUGCACACAAUUUUUACUUUAGUCAAACACUGGUCGAAGUUGCUGUCAGUAUAGCAUCUGUUCAAUCGGAUAUUCAUAAUGGUCCAUUGUUUGCUGUAGGUACUGCAUUUUUAGUGGAAGAUGAAGUAGAGCCAUCUAAAGGUCGAAUUCAUUUAUUUCGUUGGGAUCCUGAAUCUUCAAGAUUAGAAACUGUUCAAGUUCAUGAUGUAAAUGGUUCAGUCUAUCGAAUACUUGAUUUUAAUGGUCGUUUAUUAGCUGCUAUCAAUAGUUCGGUGAGACUUUUUGAUAUUAAAGAGGAUUCUUUACGAUUGGCAUGUAGUUUCAAUGAGAGUAUUAUUGCUUUAUUCCUUCGUCGAAAAGGUGAUUUUGUUCUUGUCGGUGAUUUAAUGCGUUCAUUAACGCUACUACUAUUCAAAGCGAAUGUCAACAAUUUUGAAGCUAUUGGAAGACAUCGGCAUCCUCGUUGGACAACAUGUAUUGAAAUUCUUGAUGAUGAACACUUUCUUGCCGCUGAAGUGGAAAAUAAUCUUUUUGUCGUUUCAAGAGAUUUACCGGAAAAUACUAAAGAACCAAGUUUUCGUGCUUUAUUUACAUCACCUGAAUCUUGUGUCUUACCAUCAUUAUCUUCACAUUUACAAUCAAAUAAGACAGGUUCGUCUACACAGUCUGGAAGCAUUACAACAGGUGAAGCUAUUGCUUCUAAUACUACAUCGAGUACAACUUCUGUGAGUUCAACAACAUCUGCAGCAGAAAGUCGAAGUAAUGCACCAUCGAGUCGUCACUUUCUUGAUUCUCGUCUUACUGGCACAAAACCAAAUUCAAGCGGUGUAUCCGGAGAAAUGCAACGCUUAGUUGACUGUGCUUAUUUUCAUACAGGAGAUUUCGUUAAUGUAUUUGUGCGUGGUAAUCUUGUACUUCAAAAUACUGAAGAACGUUGGACAGCUAUUGGUUAUCCUGGUCAUUUAUAUGGUACUGUCAAUGGUGGUUUAGGCCUUCUUGUUCAACUUUCUCCUAUUUUAUUUGCAUUUUUAAAAGAAAUUGAAUUUCGAUUAACUAAUCUAGUUGUUCCUGUCGGUGGAUUUGCACAUGAUACAUGGAGAGCUUUUAAAGCAGAUCGUGAAAUUAAAAUGGCGCAUAAUUUUGUAGAUGGUGAUCUUAUUGAAACAGUUACAGAUUUGAAUAUGGAAGAUAAAACAAAAUUAGUUAAAGGCUUACGUAUACCGGUAAAUAUGAGUGAGUUUGGAACAGCUGGUUUUACGUGUACUUCGGAUCCUGAAACACGAGAAUGUACUGUCGAGGAUUUGGUCAAAGUUGUCGAAGAAAUGGCACGUUUGCAUUAA